AUGAAUCAAAUUCACAAAAAUGACUUAAAAUUUAAAAGAAAACCUGUUUAUGGUCCAAUAAUAUGGAGAAGAUUAGCAUUAGGCGUCCGAAUUCAAGAUCUUCUACCUAACAACUUUGAAAUAGUAGUUGACAUAAUUUUAAAAUAUUAUAUUAAAGGAAAUGUAAUUUUUAAUAAUUCAAGGAUUCUAGAUGACCCGAUUUCAGUACAAUCAUUUACAGACAGAUUAUACAGAGUAAUGAAGCAGUGUAUUUCGCUUGUAGCUGUCGAUGAAAGAACUGACGAAAUAAUCGGUUGCUUAUUGAUAACGCGAGUAAAACAAGAAGACUAUGGAACAGAAUAUAAUACUCUAGAAAUUGGAGACGGUAAAGUUUACCGAAAGAUUACUGAAUUUCUUAACGAUGUAAACAGGACAGUAGACAUAUUUGCAAACUUUGAUACAAAUGUUUACCUAAAAUAUUGCAAUAUCUGUAUUACAGAUGAUUAUAGAAACAAUAAAAUAGGUUUUAACAUGCUGUCGGCUAGUUUCGAUUUAGCACGUUAUUUAGAAAUGCCUGUAAUUAUGGCUAUUGCUGACUCGUAUAUGCUUCAGAAGAUUUUGAUGAAACUCGGUUUUAAACUUUUGCACGAAAGCGAUUAUAGAAAUUGGAACGAUGCUACAGGAGAGUUGGUUUUUAAUGAAACUGGCUCAGGAAAUUAUACAUGCAGCGUAUUAGCCUGCUCGGUUCCACAAGCUCCAGAUCCAGAACCGGUGGUUAUUGAAAGGCGCGAAAGUACUCAUCUUUCCAAAGAAAAGAGUUUACCAAAGAAAAAGAAAGAAACUAAAUAA